AUGGGAUCCGAAGGCUUUGCGGCCGCGUGCCCCUCCGCCGCCGAGGCCUUCCUCAAGUACUACGGUAUCGUAUCAGGAGGUACAAGUGGGGAGACAAGACAAGGAUUGGUUGAACUUUCACUAGCUAUAGAUGGAAUUGAAGGAAUGAGGGACGUGAUUUUUGCUGAUAUCCCAAAGCUCAUUCCAUUUAUUGAUUUGGAGGAUAUGGGCCUAUUCAGUUGCUUCUACGAUUUUGUCUUCUUCAUCUGUCGUGAAAAGGGGCAAAAGAGUAUCACUAUUCAGAGAGCUGUAGCAGCAUGGAAGAUUGUUCUGAACGGAAGGUUCCGUUUGCUUGAUCGAUGGUGUAACUUCGUUGAGAAGUACCAACGCCACAACAUAUCCGAGGAUACUUGGCAGCAGCUGCUAGCUUUCAGCAGGUGUGUAAAUGAAGAUCUGGAAGGUUAUGACCCACGAGGUGCUUGGCCUGUUCUGAUUGAUGAUUUUGUGGAGCAAAUGCACAGAAUUUAUCACUCCACUGACUGCAGCAGUGCGAUGGAAUCACAGUGUAGCAUUUCCAGUACAUUUAAAGGGCUGGAUCCUCUACCUGGAUCAAAGAGGAAAUGUCCUCACUUCAAGUCCAAUGAAGAGGAUGUAGAACUUUCAGAUAGUUUUACACGUUCUGUCCAUCUUACCCCAAUAAAGCGACUCAAGGAAAGUCAUGAUGCGAGAUAUGGAGUGAGGGAAUCCCACAAAAUUACCCAUUUCUCUAAUAGUUCCUCAGAUUACCACGAGGAUAUGCAUUUACACAACUCAAGAGAUUGCCUUCAGAACUCCCCCUGUAAUGUUGAGGAUGCCCUGUCGAAAGGGUUUGAGGGUUGUAUUUCGAUGAAAUGCCCCUUCUGA